ACGUGGCCGCUUCAGCUGACAGUCUACAUGAUGGCGACAGAGGUUCAGAGCGGCGACCUCGACAGUGCUACAUCUAGCCGGCUCGAAGUUUCCAUCGACGGCCUCACCCUCAGUCCUGACUCGGAGGGUGACCAGGGCCAGGUCGAAGAGCCGGUCACCGAAACCGCGGAGCCCCAAACCGAGACGCCGGGAGCCGUUGAGGGCGAAGAUGGAGAGACUGCUAAAUCUGCGUUAGAGAGGAAAUGGGGCUUUCCCUUACAAGAGCUGUACGGGAUGGCCCUGAAAUUUUUCAAAGAUAAAGAUGGCAAAGCUUUCCACCCGACCUAUGAGGAGAAGCUUCGACUGGUGGCUCUCCACAAACAGGUGCUGCUGGGCCCUUAUAAUCCAGAUGCUUCGCCAGAGGUCGGCUUCUUUGACGUCUUAGGCAAUGACCGCAGGAAAGAGUGGGCCUCCCUGGGUAACAUGGAGAAAGAGGAUGCCAUGGUGGAGUUUGUCCAACUACUUAAUAAGUGCUGUACCCUCUUUGCACCCUACGUCAUCUCACACAAGAUAGAGAGGGAGGAGCAGGAGAGGAAAAGGAAAGAGGAGGAGGAGCGCCAGAGGAGGGAAGAGGAGGAGAGGGAGCGACAAAGACAGGAGGAGGAGAGACGGAGGCUUGAGGAGGAGGAAAGGCUGAGGAGAGAGCAAGAGGAAAGGAGACAGGCAGAGGAGGAGAGGCUACGGGUUGAGCAGCAGAAACAACAAAUAAUGGCAGCACUGAAUGCUCAGACGGCAGUGCAGUUCCAACAGUAUGCUGCUCAGCAAUACCCAAACAGCCCAGAGCAACAGCUGGGCCUUAUUCGUCAACUCCAGGAACAGCAUUAUCAGCAGUACAUGCAGCAGCUCUACCAGGUUCAACUGGCGCAGCAGCAGGCCGCCCUGCAGAAACAGCAGCAGGCUGAUUGUAUGCAUGGGACUCUUGACUCCUGCAACUUCAACAGUGGUGAACAUGUAGCUGCCUCAGCAGCUGGGCCUUUAUGUGCAGCUUCAUCGCCUGCUGGUGGGGAAGCCCCUACAAUCAAUGGAGCCCAGUUAGAUUCGUUUUCUGAAAGCAUGGAGCGAGAGCCCGAGCCCGAGCCGGCAGAGGAAGUCUCAGAGAAUGGACCUUUAUUAGCUGACUCGCCACCAGUCAUAGCGGCUCCCUCCAUGUGGACACGGCCACAGAUCAAGGACUUCAAGGAGAAAAUCCGACAGGACGCAGACAGUGUGAUCACAGUGGGGCGUGGCGAGGUGGUGACGGUGCGGGUCCCCACCCACGAGGAGGGCGCCUACCUGUUCUGGGAGUUUGCCACGGACUAUUAUGACAUCGGCUUUGGAGUGUUGUUCGAGUGGACGGAUGCGGCCUCUGCUUCAGUCAGCGUGCAUGUGUCUGAAUCCAGUGACGAGGAUGAGGAUGAGGAAGGUGAACCUCCCAAUGAGGAGGAGAAAGCAAAGAAGGAAGCUGGGAAGCCCCAGGUGGAUGAGAUAGUGCCGGUGUACCGGCGAGACUGUCAUGAGGAGGUGUACGCUGGCAGCCACCAGUACCCCGGGCGUGGGGUCUACCUGCUCAAGUUUGACAACUCCUAUUCACUCUGGCGCUCCAAGAGUGUUUACUACAGAGUCUACUACACCAGAUAAGCCUGAAUACAGACACAGGGGAGCCAAGGAGUGUGUGUGUGUGUGUGUGUGUGCGUGCGUGUGUUAGUGAAGAUAUGUCUGUUGGCAGCCUGUAUGUGUGUGUGCUUGUGUGUGAAGAAUGUGACACCAGAUGCAUUCUGGAAAAACCCACCAGAGGGUGACAAAGAGGCACAUCUAGAGCCCUGAUCUGGAGAUGCGACUAAUAUGUUUGUACUUUAUGUGUAAGUGUGUCUCAAGAUACACCCCUGUCAUCAAGCCCUUGGAAGAGGAAGUGUGUAUUCCUGUUGUAUAUUCACCACCUGUCCUUGCUGCACUCACAUAUAGUAUUUUACCACUUUUCACCCUGGGCUCCUCUUAUGUCUCCACCUCAGCCCACCACUGUCCAACGUGGCCUUGUGGCUGCCUCCUGCCCUGAGUGAUGCUUUUUCAUAACCGUCAACGGAAACCAGGCAACUCCACUGCUCUGUGAGCCAAGUGUUUCCUGAUUGACGGUAAUGGUGGUUGUUAAUCCCAGGAGAACACAGACAUUGUUGAAAAUCAGAUUAUAUUGAAAAUGUGCUUCAAAACACUAUACCCAAGUUCAACAGAGAUCUAUUGGUCUUUGCCAAGUCUCGGUCACACUUUACAAACACCAGGGUAAGCACACUUAAUCGUCCUUUUUAGUUUUUAAACAGCAGUGCGUUAUUCUCUUUCCCAGCUACCAUAAGCAUAUAUGAAGGAUGAAGGGAUCAGUGUAGUGAAAGCAGUGCUCUUUCUGUCUUAUUACAGAAUCAGUGUGAAUUCCACCUUCGUUACUUGACACAAUUUGAACAACACUGUUUAUUUACUGCCAAAAUGUAUGAAGGACCGAUGAUAAGUCACCGCAGGAUUUAGGUAACACUCUAAAUGAAGUAACGGGUGUAAAUUGGGGGGAGUUUAAACUGACAUGUACAUGGGUAGAAGUAUGGCUGUGAGACUUCUGCUCAGUAACAGUUUAAAAAUAAAAUACAUCAUAAAUAUUUGUUCUCCCGCUCUACUAACAACAUUUUUUUGGUGUGAUGUGUCAUUUUAUUCCACCUUCACACCGUUACACCAUAAAGACGCUUCUUUAAAUCCUUAGUGGUCAAUUGCUAAUCAAUUCUUUUGCAGAAAAACAAACAGAAACACAGGAUUAUGACAGGUGUGUUGCUGUCUGGGGUUGUUUUAAAUCACUGUUUUUUUGUUGCUGUUCUCAGUUCUGAUGCACAAAUAACACCUAAUUAUAAAUGUUCGCUGUUUUGGAGGUCACGACACACUGUUACAUCUCUGCUGCGCUCAAAAAUGAAAAACUACAACACAAAUACAGUGCUGGGAUUUUGGUUAUGUUUUUAUUGUUUGUUUUUCUUCUUCCUGGAAUGAAUCAACUCUAAUUGUCACCUCAGAAAUUGUAUUGUGAAUGAACUAAGAUGAUGUAGAUUUAUAAAUGUCUUGGGUGACUUGGGUGGCUUCUUAUUAACUCAGUUAUGGCAUCUUAAUGUUUUCAACUUUCUUUUUUUUGUUUUCUUGCCAUACUUUAGAUUCAUUCUGUUCAGUUUCCCAUUGAACAUGCAUGUUUCUUGUAUGUACCACCCAGGUGCAUUAUGGGACAGUGCCGUAUCAACUGUGCCCUGUUUGACUCUGAGCAAUGGUUGUUGAAUGGGAAGUGUCUUCAGUGGGCAUCAGGCAUUUGGUGUCACUUUAUCACACUGUAUUUGUACAUUUUUUUUAAUGUAUGUAUGUAUGUAUGCAACCAAACUGAAAAGACGGAUAGAUGGAAUAUCUUUCAAGUUGGCUACUGUCCCUCGCUAAAUGUGUCAGGCUAUCAUAUUAUUUAAUUAGGCUGCUCAUGCGUCCUGUCUAUUCAGUAAAUUAUGUAAUAUAAUGCCACCGCAUUUGGCUUGACCAAACCGUAACGUUCAAGUAAGUUCCCAUCUUGUGAUGUUUGUUUUUACUUUUAUUUCUAAUUGCUCACCAAGAGGGUUUGAGUCGACCUGUUCAAGCCUUGUAUGUAAAUAAUUCUACAAAUGAGUUUAUGUAUGGGAUUUUACAUGUGGAAGAAGGCUAUUGUGAGAAUAAAUGCACUGUAAAAUAUGGUGAAUGAGAUGUAUGAAUUUCUAAGGCGAAUGAAAGUUCAGAAUUCAUACCACGUAUAAAACUAUAAGAGUGUAUUGUACAUGGCAGAGAGAGAGAAGCUCAUUGUUUUUUUUGUAUUGCUUUGACUUGUUUGGAUCUCUUCUGAGUUGCAAGAUCUUUUGGGGCAUAUAUUUAAUCUUGAUUAAACUUUUGUUCAUGUCCAGAA